AGGAAAAAUGUUGAAAUGAUGUCAUAUGAUUGUUAUUCAACAUCAACAUUGAACAUCAAGCUUUAGUUGGUUGUUUCUUGUUAUGUUUGAGGAAAAUAGCCGAUAAGUGUGGAAUUGAAUACAAUUUGUUUUUUAUUUAGUGCUCUUAACAUUAUAUCUAAUAGUAAAGUUUUAAUGAAAACAGCACAGGAAAUGUUUUAUAAUAGGUUCAUGUCAUGUACACUCGAAAUACAGUGGUAUUUAUAGGAAGAAAUACUCAUCUACUGAUAACAAACUGUCCAAUUAACUCUACAAGGAAAACGUUGUGAUUGAUCCGUUUACAAGGCGUUGCUGUUCCAAAAAAUAAAAAAUCAUGGGUAACAUACACACGGUUGGUCCAAAUGAAGCACUAAUUGUUUCCGGAGGAUGCUGCAGUUCUACGAGAAAAGUUAUAGUGAUUGGAGGUUGGGCUUGGGCCUGGUGGUUUGUGACUGAUGUUCAACACUUAUCUCUAGAGGUUAUUACCCUUAACCCAGUAUGUGAAAUGGUAGAAACAUCUCAAGGAGUGCCUCUAACAGUAACGGGGGUUGCUCAGUGCAAGAUAAUGAAAGCAGAUGAAUUACUUCAAAUUGCUUCAGAGCAGUUCUUAGGAAAGUCUGUCGGUCAAAUUAAGACUACAGUACUACAAACCUUGGAAGGACAUUUAAGAGCUAUUUUGGGAACUUUGACAGUUGAAGAGGUCUAUAAAGAUCGAGAUCAGUUUGCAGCUCUAGUCCGUGAAGUGGCCGCACCUGAUGUAGGUAGGAUGGGCAUUGAGAUCCUCUCUUUCACUAUUAAAGAUGUUUAUGACGACGUAGAAUACCUGGCCUCUCUAGGUAAAGCACAAACAGCCGCUGUGAAGAGAGACGCUGAUGUAGGUGUAGCUCAAGCAAACAGAGAUGCUGGAAUAAGGGAAGCCGAGUGUGAGAAGUCCGCAAUGGAUAUCAAAUACAAUACUGACACCAAAAUUGAAGACUAUGCUCGAAUGUAUAAAUUACAGAAAGCUACCUUUGACAAGGAAGUCAAUACAGCCAAAGCUGAAUCUCAAUUGGCCUAUGAACUACAAGCAGCUAAGAUCAGGCAAAAAAUAAGAAAUGAGGAGAUUCAAAUUGAAGUUGUUGAGCGAAAGAAGUACAUUGAAGUGGAAGAACAAGAAGUAAUGAGAAAAGAAAGGGAAUUGAAUGCUACUGUUCGUCUUCCAGCAGAAGCAGAGAGUUUCCAAGUUCAAACUAUUGCCGAAGGAAAAAGGACUCAAUCGGUUGAGGCUUCAAAGGCUGAAGCUGAGAAAAUAAAGAAGUUGGGAGAAGCCGAAGCACUUGCCAUCUCUGGUGUUGGAAAAGCAGAGGCCACCAAGAUGAAACUCAAAGCUGAAGUCUACAAACAGUAUGGAGAAGCUGCCAUCAUGAGUUUGGUUCUCGACGCUCUUCCAAAGAUAGCUGCGGAGGUAAGUGCGCCGCUUGCAAAAACUGAUGAGAUUGUUCUUCUUGGAGGCAAUGACAAUAUCACUGGUGAAGUCAACCGAUUAGCAGGUCAACUCCCUCCAGCUCUUCAGGCCCUCACAGGUGUUGAUCUGUCCAAGGUACUCAGCAAAGUACCUGGAGCCAAGUAACUUGAAACCAAUUUUGAAAAGUAAGUUUGAGCCAAUUUAAAACUGCCACUUUUCUUAAUUACUAUCCUGUUUUAGGAUUAAAAACUUCCCUAUCUAAUAGUGUGUAAUUUUCAGAAUUUGAAGAACCAGUAUAUUAUAAUAAUUGUAUCCCUAAUACUUAGCAAUAUUAGUUUCCAGUGUGGGCUAUGUUCAUGUUAAUAACAAAAUUAGUUUGCUUACAUUGAAUCUCACAGAUACAUUUAUAUUUGUAACAGAUGAUAUAUGGAAAUGCUUCUCAACUAUAUUACCAUAGGUCUAGUCCAUCAAUCUAGUGUGUGUACGUGAUGACAGCUUCAUUUUUAAAUUUUAUACCCAAUCUGUAAAUGUGACGUUGAAAGCUAAUAAUAAAAAUAGUGAUUUGUGAAAUA